AUGCAGGCUGUGUAUUGGUACGCCGUGCUUCUGCUGCAGCCUACUCUCUACCUGGUCACAUGUGCAAAUUUAACAAAUGGCGGCAAAUCAGAACUUCUAAAAUCAGGCAGCUCCAAAUCCACACUAAAGCACAUAUGGACAGAAAGCAGCAAAGACUUGUCCAUCAGCCGACUGCUAUCACAGACUUUUCAUGGCAAAGAAAAUGAUACAGAUUUGGACCUGCGAUAUGAUGCCCCAGAAACGUAUUCUGAGCAAGAUCUCUGGGAUUGGCUGAGGAACUCCACAGAUCUUCAAGAGCCUCGACCCAGAGCAAAGAGACGGCCCAUUGUCAAGACUGGGAAAUUUAAGAAAAUGUUUGGCUGGGGCGACUUUCAUUCCAACAUCAAAACUGUGAAGUUAAACCUUUUAAUAACUGGGAAAAUUGUUGAUCAUGGCAAUGGGACGUUUAGCGUUUAUUUCAGGCACAAUUCCACUGGCCAAGGGAAUGUAUCUGUGAGCCUGGUGCCCCCAACCAAAAUAGUGGAAUUUGACUUGGCACAACAAACAGUGAUUGAUGCCAAAGAUUCCAAGUCCUUUAACUGUCGCAUCGAAUAUGAAAAGGUUGACAAGGCCACCAAGAACACACUCUGCAACUAUGACCCUUCAAAAACAUGUUAUCAGGAGCAGACCCAAAGUCAUGUGUCAUGGCUCUGCUCCAAGCCCUUUAAAGUAAUCUGUAUUUACAUUUCCUUUUAUAGUACAGAUUAUAAACUAGUACAGAAGGUGUGUCCUGAUUACAACUACCACAGUGACACGCCCUACUUCCCUUCAGGUUGA